AUGGACCGGAGCGCCAACAUCAUAGUCCACUUGAGCCGCGACGCCAAGCACACGGUUGUGCUGCCCAGCGUUGCGACAUCCAAGUCGGUCGCCUCGGUGCUGCACGAGGCCCUGUAUCAGUACGCCCGCAUCAACCACGACACCCCCGCGCUGGCUGUCUCGGGCCUCUACGACAUGUACUCGGGCGCAAUGCUUGACCUCAGCGCGUCGCUGCACAGCGUCGCAACCUUCCACGCGGCCACCAAGUGCAUGCGUCUUGGCGCCGCACCGCUCAGGACCAACAACAUGAGCGACAACAACAGUACGAAGUGCCGCCGCUCGGACUCGCCGUUCGAGUCGUUUGUCAAGUCGAUCUUUUCGUUGUCGGACGACACGCCUCGUCCUGCCCAGUUGCCACCUCAAACCAUCGCGGCGCCGUCGCUCAUCGAGUGCAUCGCGCAGCUACGCGCUGCGUCCAUUGAGGAGCUCUGCACCGAGUGUCGCGUCGCGCCAGAGGCCGCCAUGCACCUCGUGCGACAGCUCCAACGCUUUACAAGCGGCGCGCGGGCGUUUGGCCCACCCGAUGAGCCACCCAACGCGUCAUCCGCAAGCUCCACGGCGUCCGAAGACGACCCGCAGGACGAAGACGACGACGACGACGAUACAUUCCUCGGCGAAGCGCCCGUCUUGCUACGGUAUGCACAUGACUCGCCAGCGUUUCGCCGCGAGGUCGCCGCCAUCGACGCCGCGUGGCCACGUGUCAUGACCGACUUUAACCGCGUGGUCGCUGCGGCCAAAGCCGUCCUUGCGUCCAGCAAGUGCCACCUCGCGACGCUGCAAGAUUUGUACACGGAGCUCACGGCGCCGAUCGACGAGACACCGUGCCUCCGACACCUCGCGGGGUCGGCUAAGCGCGCGUGGACGCCGCUAACCGAGCGCUGCGAUCGCUCCAUGGGCGCCCUGCGCGCGUUCGCCUCGAAUCUCGCGUCCGAGUUUGUCGCUCCGCUCGAGACGCUCCUCACGCACGACCUCGGCCGCGACGCGGUUGCAUCGCGCCAGCGCCUCAACGCCGCCUUUUACGCGUACUGGGCGAUGGCACACGAGGUGACCUCCGACCCAAUUGGCGACGAUGCCCGUCUCGAGGCGGUGCGGCGGGUCUUCGAGUCGGCGCGUCUGUCCAUGGUGCGGCAUGUCAACGACACUUUUCUGCAUGCGCUUCGUCUUGUGGAGCGCACCGGCUGCGCGUUUGCCCAUGCGAAUGCCGUCGUGGGACAAAGAAGCCAAUUGGAAGCCCACUGCGAAGCACUUCAGGCCUGCGUCCCCAUCGACGUCUGGGAUGGCGCUCCUGGUGGGUACCUCUUUCAUGUGGAUGCAGCAACGUCUGCACGCACACGCCGCUGGUUUUACCUCGAGGAACACUCAUCCAUGCUCUGGUCCCUCCAGGCGGACCGGCGGACCCCCGAGGGCAUCGCCGACCUCUCGCAAGGCUCCGUGGCGACCGACGACUCGAUGCGAUAUGGCCUUUGCCUGACAUUGGCGUCAAGCCAACGCGUGCUAUUGCAAGCCGACACGGCGCGUCUCCAUCACCUGUGGCUCGAGGCGCUCACGGCCAAGAAGAAGCAUGCGUCCAACCAAGACGACGACGACCAGGAGAACGACGACAACGACACCAGCGACAGCGAUGAGGUGGCAAUAUGUCGGACAUUGGACGAGAAGAUGCUGUCUCCCAUUGCGUUCCUCUGCGCGCCAGCUGCAGCGUUUGCUGUCAUGGCCCGCGGCACGCUACCGAUCUCGGUGCACACGUACUGGGAGCGCUUCGUGGCCGACGACCAGUUCACACGGAGCUUUCUCAUGCAGCGGGGUGCGACAGACGUUGCGCUCUCGACAUGGGCGGUGCGCACAGAUGGCGCCUACGGGCGGUCGCGGCGCAUCCAGCUGCCCGUCGAGACGGCACUCUCGACCGGCUCGACGCGCGUACAUGCGAGCGAGGUCUACCAGCGCCGGUCGCGCGACCACCUCGAGGUCCUCGCCAAAGAUGAAAGCCUCGAUGUGCCGUAUGGCUCGUACUUUGUUGUCGAGUCGCGGACCACGAUCGUCAAGAGUAUGACGACGUCAUGCGCUGUCGAGAUGACGAUGGCCGUGCACUUUACCAAGAGUACGAUGUUCCAGCGCAUGAUUGAAAAGGCGGUCGCGACCGAGACCAAGGAAUCGUGCGAGGCGAUGUUGGCGGCCAUGCGCGCUGCCAUCGAGGCGAGCUCGCUCUAAUAUACACGGUGCAAGCGUG